AUGGCCGAGAAACUCGUCGAGAAGCUUGAGGAGACUGUCGGUCCCGACAGCGGCACCCGGAACGUCGAGCCGCUGGUGACUAGCGAGCGGGCACCUCGGCACGCAGAGACCGCGUCGACGUCUACAGAGAUUUGUGAAUCACACGACCCCAGGGACGCCGCGCACGCACCGCCGUCGGUUAUCGUGCAGCACCUCGGGCCACCGACGAUCGAGCACGACCACCCAGAGGACAGCACGACGAGACGGCACUCCGUGAGCUACCAGGAAAAGCACUACCUGCGGUGA